UCCCUGCUGGAGCUGGCUCAGGGCGGUGCUGACUUUACAACUGUCCAAUGUCAACUGUUUCUGAAGUGCUGCUGGAUACUGAAUGCUGUGGCUCGGGAGCUCCAAACCAUUUUUUACCUCCCUCUGAGAGAAGAAGAAGAAAGAGCUCUGGCCCCAAAACAGUCAAGACCUUUCUCAGCACACAGGCAGACUGCUCUAACCAGAACUGCAGAGCACUGCCACAGGACCUGGACCUUUGCUGACUGCUGUGGCCUGUGUGGUGAGCACUCAAGGGCUGACGAAAUGCCACUGGCGAGAUCCUUGUCCAUGACAUCUCUGAAUGGGCUUCCUCAGUGUGAGGAUGAAGACCUGCCCGUGGAGGAUUUGUUGCUCUUUGAAAUUUCCUGGGAAGUUACCAACAAAGUGGGAGGCAUUUACACUGUGAUCCAGACAAAAGCCAAAACUACGGCAGAUGAGUGGGGUGAAAACUAUUUCCUGAUUGGCCCCUAUUUUGAGCAGAAUGUGAAGACUCAGGUGGAAUUCUCUGAACCUCCAAACCCUGCAGUUAAGAAGGCAAUGGACACCAUGAAAAGCCAAGGGUGUCAGGUCUUUUUUGGAAGAUGGCUGAUAGAGGGCAGCCCAUAUGUCUUACUGUUUGAUAUAGGAUCAGCAGCUUGGAACCUGGACAAGUGGAAAGGUGAAUUUUGGGAAGUCAGCAACAUAGGAAUCCCUUUUCAGGACCGAGAAGCCAACGAUGCUGUGAUUUUUGGAUCAUUAACAGCCUGGUUUUUGAAAGAGCUUUCCUGUCAGUUUGAUGACAAGCCCAAUAUAAUUGCCCAUUUCCAUGAGUGGCAGGCAGGAGUGGGUUUAAUCCUGUCUCGAUCACAGAAACUCCCUGUUGCCACAAUUUUUACUACCCAUGCAACUCUGCUGGGGAGAUACUUGUGUGCAGCCAGUAUUGACUUUUACAACAACCUGGACCAGUUCGACAUUGACAAGGAGGCUGGAGAGAGGCAGAUUUACCAUCGGUACUGUAUGGAGCGGGCAUCUGUACACUGUGCCCAUGUAUUCACCACAGUCUCUCAGAUCACAGCUACAGAAGCAGAACAUAUGCUUAAAAAAAGCCCUGAUGUUGUCACCCCAAAUGGCUUGAACAUUAAGAAAUUUUCAGCAAUGCAUGAGUUUCAGAAUUUGCAUUCCAUGUACAAGGCUAGGAUCCAAGAGUUCAUUCGAGGUCAUUUCUAUGGCCACCUUGACUUCGAUCUUGACAAGACUUUGUUUUUCUUCAUUGCUGGGAGAUAUGAGUUUUCCAACAAAGGAGCUGAUAUGUUUCUAGAAGCCUUAUCAAGAUUAAACUUUUUGCUGAGGGUUCACAAGACUGAUGUUACAGUUAUUGUGUUCUUCAUCAUGCCAGCAAAGACCAACAAUUUCAAUGUGGAAACCCUGAAAGGACAAGCAGUCCGUAAGCAGCUCUGGGACACUGCACAAUCUGUGAAAGAAAAGUUUGGAAGAAAGCUCUACAACGCCUUGCUGAAAGGAGAAAUCCCAGACUUGAACAAGAUUCUUGACCGAGAUGACAUAAGCAUUAUGAAAAGAGCCAUCUUUUCAACUCAGAGACACUCUCUGCCUCCAGUGACCACCCACAACAUGAUUGAUGACAGCAAUGACCCAAUCCUCAACACCAUCCGGCGCAUUGGGCUGUUCAACAACCGCACAGACCGCGUGAAAGUGAUCCUACAUCCAGAGUUUCUUUCUUCAACAAGCCCCUUGCUGCCCUUGGACUAUGAGGAGUUUGUUAGAGGCUGCCACCUUGGUGUAUUCCCAUCUUACUAUGAACCCUGGGGCUACACUCCAGCUGAGUGUACUGUGAUGGGCAUUCCCAGUGUAACCACAAACCUCUCUGGAUUCGGCUGUUUCAUGCAGGAACAUGUUGCUGACCCAGAAGCUUACGGGAUCUACAUCGUGGACAGGAGGUUCCGCUCGCCGGACGAGUCGUGCAACCAGCUGACCCAGUUCUUGUACGGGUUCUGCCAGCAGAACCGGCGCCAGAGGAUCAUCCAGAGGAACCGCACCGAGCGCCUCUCGGACCUCCUGGACUGGAAAUACCUGGGCAGGUAUUACAUGCAUGCCAGACACUUGGCCCUCAGCAGAACAUUCCCAGAUAAAUUUGAGAUGGAACCAAGUGCUCCACCAAAGACGGAAGGUUUCAGGUUCCCCAGGCCUUCAUCAGUGCCGCCAUCACCCUCUGCCUCCCAGCAUUCUAGCCCCCACCACAGCGAAGCCGAGGACGAAGAUGAGGAUGAGAGAUACGACGAGGAUGAGGAAGCUGAAAGGGACAGGCAGAACAUCAAGUCCCCCUUUUCCCUUGGAGCCUUGCCACAAGGAAAAAAGAAGCAGCAUGGAGAAUACAGGAACUGAACUCAUUGCUCUCAUCCUGGCAUUGCUCCCCAUCCACUCAACAGUUUCUCCUGUAGGCUUGGCAAGCUUUGUGUUAAGAACAGUGUGAUUUAAUUAGGGGAACCAUAAAUGUUACUUGAGCUACACUCUUGGAAAGCCUAAUAUUAUUUCACCUUGAAAGUAGUUUAAAUGACAAUUUUUCUGUGCCCCUUUAAGGUAGAAGAGAUUUUUCAGUCUUAAUAAAACUAGAGAAUGAGACAAUCCCCUCAGGAGCUUACACAAACUGGAGAUCAUACCUUUGUCUAUGGAAUCAUCUGUAUUAAUCAUAGUCUACAUAAAUAGCUACAUCUUGGGUAUCCCAAAGGAAUUCCUGCUUCAUUUAUGUUCCCCUUCUCCCCUCCUAAAUGAACAUGAACUUUAAACCAGAGCUCAAAAAAUUAGAGGAAAAAAAAAGUGUUACACUGGAGAAAUACUGGAAGAGUUAAAAAAGAUACACUGAAAAUAAAAUGGUCUUUCUUUUUCCUGAUGCUGUUUAUUGUAAGCUUACAUAAUUUAAAACACUUUUUUACAGCACACAGAAGUUUCUUGAUCCAGUGGUAAAACAUGCAUCCUGUGGAAUAAUAUAAAAAGUCUUAUGUAGAGGGCAUUUGAAUUAUAGAGAUAAAUAAAGUCAUCUUUAUGAGGUCAUUUAGACUCACAAUAAACAGCAGACCGUUUAUUUUCUGA